CUUUACUUCGACAACCUCCAGUGUGAAAAUACUCACAGCAGUGGACACCUUGAACACUCUCUAUGACUUCAAUAGAGUGGAUGGAAAUGAAUGUGACCUGCUCCAGAAUCAACAGCAUCCUCGAAUCAUACUACCUCACAACCAUGUACAGCAUCGAGUUCAUUUUAGGAUUGAUCGGGAACAUUGUUGUGAUAAGUGGUUACGUCUUCUGCCUGAAGAAUUGGAAAUGCAGCAACAUUUACCUCUUCAACCUUUGCAUUUCGGACCUGAUCUUCAUCUGUACGCUCCCGAUGUUCGUGGUCUACUAUGCCAAAGGAAAACAUUGGGUGUUCGGUGGUUUUCUUUGCAAGAUGAACAGGUACAUACUCUACACCAACAUGUACCUUAGCAUGCUCUUCCUGGUUUGCAUCAGCAUUGACCGAUACUUGUUGGUCAGCAACCCAUUGAGGGGGCACGUGUUUCAAAGGAAGAAGACAGCUAUCAUCAUCUGUGUCGCCAUGUGGGUCUUCGUCACUUUGGAAGUCAUCCCCAUAUUGACCUUCAUCGGUUCUGACAAUGUUACAGCUCUUGACAACAGCACAGUCAUUAAGUGUGUUGACUAUGCCAGUGCUGGGAACCCAGUACACAACCUGAUUUACAAUGUGUGUCUCACCAUCUUCGGAUAUGUGCUUCCAAUGAGCGUUAUGGGUGUCUUCUGCCUGAAAACAGCACACAAGCUGAAGGAAUUAAGUCAGGCAAGGACCUGGAGCAUUACUCUGGAAAAGCCACUCACGCUGGUCAUCCUGGCCAUUACUAUCUUCUCUGUACUAUUCACCCCUUAUCACAUCAUGAGAAACAUCCGCAUGAUAUCUAGACUGGACAACAACAACAUCUCAACGGGGGCCAUCGAGUGCAUAAAGGCCGCAUAUACUCUUUCCAGACCCGUGGCUUUUCUCAGUAUAAUUACCAAUCCCAUUUUCUACUUUUUUUCUGGGGAUAGAUUUAGGGAAACAAUUGCAAACAACUUGAAGUGUUGCCGCUCAAGAAAUGCAACUUAA